AUGGGCCGCGCCGAAGUAGGCAGCACGAAAUGGGUCUCGAACCAGGCCAAGUCGAAAGGGCUCGGCCGGCUGCGGUGGUACUGCCCCCUCUCCAACCGCCAGAUGGGUGACGAGAACGGGUUCAAGAUGCACAUGCUGGUGGUGGGCGAGGACCCCAAGAAGGCCAUCAACGAGUUCUCGAACCAGUUCAACAACGACUUCCUGCAGCAGCUGCGCACGUCGCACGGCACCAAGGCGGUGCUCAUCAACCACUUCUACCAGGAGUACAUCGCCAACAAGCAGCACACGCACAUGAACGCCACCAAGUGGCCCAGCCUGACCGAGUACGCCAAGCACCUGGGCAGGGAGGGUAUAUGUAGGGUGGAGGAGACGGAUAAGGGGCUGCAGAUCGCGUGGAUAGACAGCAGCCCCGAGGCGCUGAAGCGGGCCGAGGCCAUCAGGAGGAAGGAGAUGCAGGACAAGGGCGACGAGGAAAGGGAGCUGAGGAUGAUACGUGAGCAGCAGAAGAGGGCCGGGAAGGCGGCGGAGGAGCGGAGGAGAGGGAAGGGCCAGGAGGCCGACGAGCCCGGGGAGAAGCAGGACCUGCAGAUCAAGGACGGCGAGAAGAUCCAGCUGUCGUUUGGCGUGCCCAAAGAGGACAAGAAGCAGGAAGAAAAGAAGGACACGUCGGGGAAAGGGACUGAGUCACCGCCGAAAGAGGGCCAGGCCGUCACGGAGGCCGAGCCCACAAAGCCAGAGGGUGCGAAGCCCGCAGGAUUCUCGUUCGGCGCCAAGCCGCCGCAAGCAAAGAAUGUCUUUGCGCAGGCGAAGAAGAAUGCGCUGGGCGGCGGUGCGAAGAAAGCAAUCAAGAUCGAACAGCCAAAGAAGAUGAGCGAGGCUGAGAGGAUCAUGCGGGAAGAAUUAGACAGGAAACGAUCACGAGAGUCCUCAGGAGGAGGAGGGUUUCACAAGAAACCUCGCCUUGGUUAG